GCAGCAUUGGGAAAGAAAGAGGCCACUUUGGGAGGUUUCCUCAUGCCCCUCUUCUUUCUUUGCUUGGAAAGUUUGGAGACAGAGCCCACUUUUGUAGAUUUGGGGUGUUUUUGUCUUUUGUUGCAUGGCCAACAACAGUGCUGCCCCUGGAUAUAGCAACUUAAAAAGGAGGAAGGGGGGGGAAUAUAUAUAUGGAACAUUGUUCAGUAUUUGGUUAUUUGACCUCCCAUGACUUCUUUUUAAUUAAUGAAUUUUAAACUGUAAAUAUUACACCCAGUUAACUGUCUUGUAAUAUUAUUAUUAUCAUUAUUAUUAAUUAUUAUUAUUAUUAUGCACAAACAAUAAAAAGAAAACAACAACCCCUCCCCCAGAACUAGACUAACAUUUACAAAGUAUGCAAGCUAAACAUCAUUAAUAUAUCUAUAUAUCUAUUAUAUUACACUGAUUCCACAAACAUUGAAACAAUAGCUAAUAUGAACACUGAUUCCUGAGUUUUGAUACAUCCUUGAUUUUAUGAACUUAAGGAUAAUUCAGCUUUUAUUAUUCUAGUCUAACCUACUUACUGCCCACUUCUAUACAUUUUCAGGCUUAACAACAUCUUACAGACAUAUAUGUAGCCUUUAUAUCCGAUAAGCGUAUAUUUUAAACAGUGAUCUCUCUUCAUGCUUCAAAUGGAAGAACAUUUAACUGAGAAGUUUCAGCACCUUUGGAUUGUUGAAAGGCCUCAGUUCUCUGCAGUCUUACUUGAGAAGCACCUUGUUUGGAUGAGUCUUGUCACACUAACGGAACUUGAAGGAUAAACCAGCAGGCUGGAGCAUCUGUAAAGACGUGGUGCUGCAAAACAUAGAGGAGGAGCACAACUAAGCCAAUUUCCUUGGACAAAAUGUCAGAGACCCAAGAGAAAAAGGCUGUGGUGUCUCUGAUAAAGGAGGACUCGGAUCCAGAAGUAAAGAUGGAGGAAGAGGAGGAGAAGAUGAUAGUCUGUGAAGCAGGAGACCUAAGGGAAGGAUCCAUUCUUCUUAAAGCCAAGGUGAAACAGGAGCCAGAAGAAGGGCCCUCAAGGAACUGGGAUGCCCAGCUGCAGGAAUUUCUGGUGGCCCUACAGGCUCGUCCUCUGAGUGGAGGAACUCUACAGCUUCCUGAACUGAAGCAAUUCAGUGAUCCAACAAUACUACAAAUGCCCUUUCCAAGAGCAAUAGCUUCCAACAAGUGGCCCAGAGAGCUGUGGGUUUCCCAAAUCCAGCCACACCUCACUGGAGAAAUGCAAGAGGAUGCCACACACAGUGGGAAGGGGAAAGAGGGAGCUUCCUCUGGAGAUGCUGUUGAGUUGGAGGCCCCGCAUCAACAGUUUCGGGCAUUGCGCUACCAAGAGGCCGAUGGGCCCCGGGAUUUUUGCAAACAGCUCCAAGAGCUUUGCCGCCAGUGGCUGAAGCCAGAGAGACACACCAAGGAGGAGAUGUUGGAGCUGGUGACCCUGGAACAGUUCUUGGCUGUCGUGCCACCAGAUAUGCAGGCCUGGCUCAGGGAAAAUGGUCCAGAGACAUGUGCCCAAGCAGUAACCCUGGCAGAGGAUUUUCUCCUGAGGCAACCAGAGGCCAAAGUCUGGGAAGGGCAGAUCACAGCAGUGUCUGAAGAGGAUUUGGUAAAUCCCACCGAAGCAAACCAAGUUCAGCCAGACUUGGUGAAGGUGCAGAUCUUCACAGAAGCCAAGCAGGAGAGCGAAGAGAAUUCGUCCUUGUUGGGAGAUGGAGGGUGGAUGGAAGGAAGUGGGGAGAAGAACUCUUUAUUGGUGCAUCCUGAGCAAAUGGAGCAACUGACAGCAUUCUUGAAAACAGAUAAAGAGAACAAUUUCCUCUGUCAGGGAGAACCUGAUGAGAGUCAACAGGGGCCAGAGAGGCAGAAUGGAGGUGAUAAAGAGGAGGAAGAGGUCCUGGUGGUUUGCUCACAGGAUGUUUGCAAUACUGCCAAUGAAUCUCUUAUCCAGCAAGAUCAGAAUAUGAAACAUGAGGAAUAUGGGGAAAGCUUCAGUCUAAGCUCACAUCUUGAUGAUGAGCACAAGAGCACCCACAAAGACGAGAAGCCAUACCAGUGUUGGCAUUGUGGUCAAAGCUUCAGCAGCAGCUCAGAUCUUCUGUCACACGAAAGAAACCAUGUGGGGGAGAAGUUGUAUAAAUGCUCCAGCUGUGGAGAAAGUGAGAGAAUACAUAUGGGCCAGAAGCCACAUAAAUGCUCGAACUGUGGGAAUACCUUUGGCUGCAACUCUCAGCAGGAAAAACAGGGAAGAAAGAAAAUUCAUGCAUGUUCAAUAUGUGGGAAAGCAUAUACUCAGUUAGCAGGUUUCCUUCAGCACCAGGGAGUCCACAGAGGGGAGAAACCUUACAAGUGCUCCAAAUGUGGAGAAAAGUUUGGAACCUACACGGGUCUCAAAGUCCAUCGGAGAACUCACACAGGUGAGAAUCAGUACAAAUGUUCACACUGUGGGAUGUGUUUCAGUUGCAGCCCACACUUGAGAGCCCAUGAGAGAACCCACAUGGCGAUGUGCUCCUACUGUGGGAAAAGCUUCAGCAAAAAAUCUGAACUUAUUGAACAUGAGAGGACCCACUCAAGAGAGGAUUCAUUAGCAUGUUUUGCCUGUGGGAAAGCCUUUGAAGUCACUUCUGAACUGGUUGCUCAUGUGCGUACCCACACGGAGAAGCCACCAGAAUACUCAGACUCCAGGAAAAUCUUCCAGUGUUCAGAGUGUGGUGAUAUUUUCAGGCAUGGCUCUGCUCUCAGAGUACAUCAGAGAAUCCACACAGGUGAGAAGAUAUAGUAGGAAGUGCUUCACUAAUGUCCCAUGAGGGAAUCCACUUAGCCUUAUACUCCUAGCGUGGGACAAGCUUCAGCCCCAACAAGAACUUGUGGGACAUGAAAGGACCUGUGCAGCAGAGGAAUACCAUGCAUGUUUUGCCUAUGUGAGAAUCUUUUGAGUUUAUUCAGAAUUGUUUGCUCAUAUGCAAACCAACACAGACCAAGAGCUAGGUCUGCGGAAGAAAGCCUUCAGGGAAAAUAUGCAACAAAUUAUGCGCCAGCAAGUCCAUACAGAAGACAAAUGGCAUAUAUAAACCUGCCAGAGAUUUGUUCUUCAGAAGAAAAUGCACAUACCAGAAAAAGCUACGUAGAUGGUUUGAAACACCCCCAAUCUUAAAUCUUAUAAGAGGACCCAAGAGAUGGAAGAGACAUCAUGAAUUACUGUCACUGUAAUGAAAGCUUCAGGUGAAGUUUCCAUUUUAUCUUGCAGUAGGGAAUUCCCACAGAGGAGGAAUGCUUCAAUUGUUCAGACUGUGGGGGACUUCAGUUGUUCAGACUUUAAAUACAGUAGUUAGUUUGAUUUUUUUCCUCAUGGGAUGCUAACAAAAUCACCAUCAUGGACCACAGCAAGAGAUGCUGAGGUAACAUAGUGUUUGGUGAUGGUUUGAAUAUGGUCCCUUGGAGUUUUGUGUGUGCGUUUAAAAUCAUGUUUAUCUACAUCUUGCAUCAUGUCAGCAUUGGGAGUGCUGGAUUUUUAGUUCAUACUCAUGGAGACUAAUACAAUCUAAGAUUCGAUGGGGGAUUUUGGUAAAUCUGGUGUUCAAAAAAAGAUGUACAUAAAAGAAGUUCUUGAAUUCUGCUGGAUCUGACUGGUACCAAUAUAUCAUGGACCAAGGAGGAAAGCCCUAUGUUAAGAGCAGACUAAAGAAAAUCAGGUCCAGAUUCAUUUAAUCUAUGCUAUUUACUAGGAAAUAUGAGUCAAUAGCACCUUCAUGCAAGUUUUCAGAACUGCAGAAUUCCAGUGAAGAUGCAGCCCUAACUUUCUUCUCUGAUUCCUCACCAGUGUUGUAUCUACUGUGAUAUUCUUUUUGCUUUCUGUUGCAAUUUUUUGCUUUACGGUUUGUUUUCUGUUCAUCGAGGUUAUAGGGUAAAGGAAGAAAUCCCAUGUAUUCUGUAAAGAACUAGUUUCAGGAAAAACAGCACCCAUUAGUAGAAGCCUUGGCCUCAACGGGACCCAGCUACUCCUUUCUUGUCCCCAAUAAAAAAGUUGGAGCCUCAA